AUGCCUCCCAUCCAGAUAUAUACAGGCUCCCUUCAGCCCAAGAAGAAGGCCGAGCUUCAGGAAAUUGCCAUUGCUCUUGAAAUCUCCGAUGCGGGGACGAACUAUGAGCUGCAGCAGCGAAUCAAGAAGCACUUAGAUGACAACCCUGACCUUGAAGAUCAGGAUGAGUUCCGUGGCCUGUAUGGGCGGAACAGGAGGGGCAGGAGCUCUAGGGGUAGCGUCCAACCGGUAGAAUCGUCGAAAACGGGAUCUGCUACGGGAAUCACGCAAUUUGUACCCGCCGCCGAUAACGAGGAAGAACGCAAGCCUUCCACGUUGACGCAUCGUACAAAGAAACGUGUCAUUCCGUUAGAUCCUGUCUUAGAGGUCGAGGCGACACCGCAGCAGGAUAUGAGAUAUAUAUCAGUGCUCCUUAAACAUCCCAUAUCACCCCAGGAACCAUCCCCUUCACCGUCCGCCAGCCACGGUCGUACGAACCGUUCAAUGUCGCCCACUGACGCUCAAGAACAUGAUUUUGAAGCUGAAGGAGAGGGAGCCGCCUCGCACGCAAGGGUCAUGUCCGCGCCUUCACCAAGUCCAUCAGCUCGAGUAACGUCGCAGAGACGGACGCUACUUGCUUAUAUCCACAUGUUCAUCGACGCGACCCGCGCAUUCUUUUCCAAUCCUACGAACAUCUCCAACCUCACGGCUUUCACCGAGUUCGCGUAUAUUAUUUGUAUUGCUACUCCAUGGAGGCAUGCGUAUUAUACGAUCUCGUCAGGAGUAACGAUCCAAGUCCCAGUGUUCGGGUCUGACUUCGUCUUCCCACUCUUCCUCAUCCUCUUGCAUUGGGUGUUGCCGACGCUCGUUAUCCCAUCAUUGGUGGGAGCGUUCGUCUCCUUCGCCCGCCCAUAUACCCGACUCGCUGCUUCAUCGAGCAGCUCAACGUCCAAUGUCCACAUCGACAAAUAUCCUUCGUUGUUGACACACGUCGCCGCGGCUUACGAUCCUCUAACGGCGUCUAUCGCUCGGCUGGCGUGCCACAUUGCGUGGCCUUACCGCCUCCUGCCUCCUACGAAUAUCGUUACGCCUCUGAUACCCUAUCCCAACGUUCUUCCUCCGGUGCCCCCCACGGAGAUCGCGCUUGAUGUUUUGGGGUGGAAUUGGAGGAUAUUCGACGCCAGCGUCGUGCUUGCCUUUGCGCCUCCCCCUCCGGUCGAAAGGGAGGUCGUCUUUGACCUCCCUCUUCGUGGCUCAUAUAUUCGGUCGUCUCCUCACAUUUGCUCUCAACCAACUGCUUCUCCGCACGACCACUACAAUCGCGUUAGGGGGGACAGCAAUCUAUUUCGAGUUGGUCUUCGUGGCGUGGUCGAGUACCUUGAAACCGAAGGAAACAUCCCAGCGUCCUCCAGAAAUCCAGUCCUUGACGAAUUUGACACACACCCCCUCCUUGCUGGUGCACCCAUCUUGACUGUCAUUCAAUCAUACCAUUACGCUAGUUUCCUCGCAUCCCCCGAGACGAUAGCGGUGGUACUCGCCCUCGGCCUUUUCGUGGUCGACAUACCGAAGCUGAGGGAGUAUCUGAAGCAUUCUGCGGCUAGAUGGCCGUAA